AUGACUAGUGCAGGCUUUUUGAUGGACGUGGACGAUGUUCAGAUAGCAAUUUUGGACGAGAACAUAAAGACUACCAAUGAGGUCUCGACGGACAUCUCGGCACAGCUAGCGAUGUUGGCCCGGAUAAACAAGCAGGCAGUCUACACAGUGACGCCGCUAAUGCACAAAAUCCAUGAAUUAAAGCUGAGACAGAAGAACUUACAUGCUGUCGACGAGAAGGUUGGCGAGGUGAAAUCGUACGCUGGGCGUGUUCGUCGUCUGCUGGACGUUUUAGAACUGGCGAACAAGCAGCAGGGUGCCGGACUGCGUGGGGUCGGCGACAUUGAGAAAUACAUCGACGCCCUUGACGGGUUGGAUAGUGUGGACUCCGAGCUGAAGGGCCAGGGUCUCGGUGGUUUUGAAGGGUUGAAAGAAAGUCUCGGAGAAGGGGUUCUGGACGGCGAGUUGGCAUUGAAGGCAGCUUUAAUGAACAAGAUGAAAGAAAUCGGUGAGCUCCAGCAGCGAGGGGAUGCUGCCAGCAGCCAGGGCGUACAGGUGCUUGUGGAAGAAAUUAGGCUUAUCUACGCGUACCUUACAGAUGUGAGACAGAUGGCGUUGGAGGACGCGUUGUUGAGGGAUCGGUCGAAUUUCCUCAAGCGGGAAUUGGUAAAGAUUAAGCCCGUGAAGCCGACUCCAAACAAGGACCAAAACUACAUCUACGAUGGGACGCCGACAGGCAGUUUCCCAGACUACACGAAGACGGUGAAAACAGUGGUUGCCCGGGAGAUGCGGCUCGUAACAGAACUUUUCCAGGGACUUGUCGGGUCGCUGCCAAAGCUGCUUUCCAAGGUGAUCCGUCCCAUAACAGACGCCUACAUUUACGAACUCAGUGGGCUGGUGGAGUUCAUCGAGAUGCGCCGGCUCUCGUACAACACGAUGUACUAUGAGGUUGCCACGGGCGCCUCGAUGAUGGUUUCUUGGAUGCUUGAGAGCCAGCUGGAGCCAUCCAGCACGCUUCAGCAGCUCUCCGAGCGGUGCAACACCCAGGCUCGCAACACCUUCAAGGACUUCUUCGAGUACGUUCGCAGCCGCUACAGCGAGAUGGUGGUCAGCAGCGACACCGCUGCGCCAGAGACGUUGAACAACACAUUCAUGCUUGUGGCAACAAGAAUCCACAAGAUGACCGUUUUCCGGUCGUACCAGCUUGACUUCAUUUCAGGCAUGACCAUGAACGAAUGGCUUCCUACAGCGCUGCCCACCGGCUUUGUUCCGGAGAAGGACGUGUCCAGCGACCCGCAGUUCCUCCUCGGGACAUUCUACAGCGACCUCAUCGAGUACUCCUUCUACUCUCUUGCUUCCCGCUUCCAGGAGAAGCACCGCAGCGACGAGGCAAUUGGCAUCAUGCUUCUUUUCAACCUCGAUGGCCUCCAGAACCUCCUCGAGGGAACUUCUGUCCUCAAGCAGAUCAUUGGCAAACGCGGUCUCGAGCGUUACGAACGACUCAAGAAGAAGGCCAUGGACAAGGCCGUCUCCCCCUGGUCGACGCUUGCCGCCCGUCUUAUGACCGCCAGCACCAAGCAGGGCGGCCAGCUCAGCAUGGGUAACAAAGAGCUUGGCCGUUUCAUCGACGAAUUUAAUACCCGGUUCGAGGAGCAGUGUGCUUCCUUCCGUCGCAAGGAGGUACCACCUUUCUUCCGCCAACAGAUGGUCGCUGACGUCAGCAAGACGCUUGUUCCGUCGUACAAGAUUUUCUACGCCCACGCUGGUGGCGCAGGCGGUCGUGGUGUGGCGAAGCAUUUUCAGCUGACGCCGGAGGAACUGGGGCAGCGGCUUGCCCGAUUGGGAUAG